GUGCUUGCUAGAAAUUAAUCCACUUGAAUCAGUCAACGCGUCAGCCUCUAAGCACGCGAAAUAGUCUGACCGCGAAAAAUGCAUCAUAUGAACUUGCUUGAAACUUGAUACAUUUUGCUUGAAACUACAAAAGAACUGCAGCAGGCUUCAAGCACGGUAGGGACGGUGACUGAACUGUGCUAGAAUGCAUAUCUCAAGAGGAUUAUACAGCGCGACCAAUAGAAAUGCUCCUUGUCAAAAAGCUAGGACCUCCUGCUUAAAUUACGCGCCUAUUUCAAAACACAGACACAAAUUUGCAGUUGCAGGUGAACACACGACUCUUUGUAUAGUAGAAGAAAUAUUAGAAUGGAUAAAACGCCAAACGUAAAGCGUCCCUAUGAAAGUGCUUCGUAUCCAUAUUACCCCCAAGAGGCCCUUCCUGAAUUCGUCCCACACACCAAUUGGAUGAAUACACCGAACCGUUCCCAGUCAUUUUAUGGCGGUGGAUAUUUCCCGUGUGUUGCGCAGCCACCAAAUAUAUCGACGUCUUCGUCAUCGACUCCUCCAUCUAGCAGUUCGAAUGCCCGGUCUAGCAGCUCGAAUGGAUUGAGCAAUGCGGAUGAUUCGGAUACGGCAGUUGCCAUCAAUCCAAGUUCACAGGAAAUUGGCGCCAAACUCACAAGAUGGAGGGAAGAGCAAACCACUGUGUUGGUGCACGAAUGGAGAGAACGUAUCGAAGACUUGGAGAGGAGCAGGGCAACAGAAACUUGGCGUCUCAUCGCGGAAGCUGUGAACAAGGCUGGUACCCAAAAAACCACGAAACAGUGCAAAAAUAAGAUUCGCAAUCUGAAGCAGUCUUACAAAGAGGCCAAAGCGAAUAACAAUCAGACAGGGAGUUCACCCAAGACAAGCCCAUUCUUCGAUACUUUUGAUGAUGUUCUCAGGACAAGGGCGGUGGUCAGCAUACCUGGGGUGAUACAGAGUGAUUCGCUCGCGUAUUGAAACAGACACGCUGUUAAACGACUCGGAAGAUGAAGAGUCAGAUGACUCGGAUAUUGGAAACCCGUCUUCUACAACGGCUAAACGUAAAAAGCAACCACAAAAGCCCGCAAGAAAACAAAAGAAAGCUCGCGUCACCACAGCAACGACCAUGGUCGACUUGACUGAGAAGAUUGUUGAAAUGCAACAAUCACAGGCUGAACUGAUGGACAAGGCACAAUCACGCACAGAAGAACUUUUGCUAAAAAUGGAGAUGGAGGAAAGGAAACUAGACGAGGAAUCAAGACGAAGGGAUCAAGAAUUCUUUUUGCGCAUGGCAGAAAUGAU